GCCAGGAUGGGCACAGCCGAGAGGCCACGCUUCCUGCCCUACUGCUUCCCCGACGGGGCGGCCGGCCAGCUGGCAGCGGAUCAUGGGGAAGGGAGCCUGUCGUGCCCCAGGCCGGAGCGAGGCAGCUGGGCUGGGGGGCCCAGGAAGAGGAAGCGGACCACCUUCAGCCGGGGCCAGCUGAGCCAGCUGGAGCGCGUCUUCGCCGCCCUGCCCUACCCGGACAUCGGCACCCGGGAGCGCCUGGCCGAGCUCACGCAGUUGCCCGAAGCGAAAAUCCAGGUCUGGUUCCAGAACCGGCGUGCCCGGAGGAUCAAGACCAGCCCCGCGGUGGAGCCGCCGGCCUGCCGUCGAGUCAGCCUGGCCGGCGGCAAGCAGCCCCGUCGGGGCGUCUCUGCGCAGCACGCCAAGCAGUCGGCCCUGGGCUCCCCCCUAGCCGGAGGCUCCUCCGGCUUCCUCGGCGGGGAAGACGCGCCCGGUCCGCCCCGUCGGUGGCCUGAGGAAGAGGAGGAGGAGGAGGAGGAAGGCGCGGUCGUCUGGAGCGCGCUGUCCAGCUGCUGGGACGCUUUCCCCGGGCCGCCCACCUCCUUGGGCUCCAUCUCCGACCUCAUCUACAGCGCGGCUCUCGUGGCCAACCUAGGGGAGUUCUAGGGGUCGCUGGCCCCGUCCAGGAAGGGGGUGCAGGGGGCCAAGGAGCCUCCCCCGGCUGGUCUUGCAGCUGGACGGGGAAGGAGGAACUCGCACCGGCUGCCCAAGAUCAGGGAUUAAACCCUCCCCCCCCCUCCCAACACACCUUGCCAAAUUAAUCCCCUCCCCAAUUCAAUAAAGAAGCUAUGAUGCCCUUCCA